AUGAAGGCUUGUAUGGAGGAUUCACGUGAAUCUGCCUACAAGGUCAUCAUUCUAAUUUCCUUAUCAGCUACUGUUAUUUCAAUAUCUUUUAUGUCCUCAGUUGUACCUAUUCUAAGUCAAUUCGCUAACUCGAUUGAAAAUCAAAUCGAGCGUGACACUUAUUAUUGUGAGGAAAACUAUGCACAUUUGAGCUCUCUUACAAAACUGUUAGCACGCAAUGCAACGAGAGAUAAGAGAAGUUGGGAGAACAAUGAAGAUUCUUGCACAUGUCGCUUUCCGAGAGGGCCUCCUGGUUUAUCAGGUAGAGAUGGGUUGCGUGGAUCAAAAGGAGCUGUCGGAGCAACAGGCUUACCAGCGCGUUUGCCAUGUCAACCUCUUCCCGACUUGAAGAAGAUAUGCGCAGAUCCCUGUCCAACAGGAGAACAAGGAGUUCCUGGAAUUCAAGGACCUCCGGGUGAAAAAGGCAUUGUUGGACCGGUAGGCAGACCUGGAAAACGAGGGUUGGAUGGAAGAUUAGGAUUGAAGGGUGAACCUGGUCCACGAGGAAUUCCUGGUUUAGGUGGAGAGAUGGGUGAUGCAGGAACCGAUGCUGUUCAACAACCGUUCAUUCCUGGUCCACCGGGAGAGCAGGGAGAAGAAGGGCCAAGUGGUCCUCCAGGCCCACCUGGUAUGCCUGGUAUAGAUGGACACCAUGGCCCAAUGGGACCAAGGGGGAAAAAAGGUAAAGAUGGGUUCCCUGGUUCUAAAGGAGCUGUAGGAUUGGAAGGACCUAUGGGCGACUCAGGUGAUGAAGGAGAAAAGGGAGUUUGUCCGACCUACUGUGCUACAGAUGGAGGAGUGUUCUUCGUUCAGCCACCUGAUUGGUUCUUCCAAUAG